AUGGGCCUGGGCUGGGGUGGCAAAUCCAGGCGAGCCAAGAGCUGUCCACUGGGCCGCGGCCUGAAGUUCUGGAUAGACGCAGAUGUGGAAUUGUGCUGGGAGUGGGCUGCUGUGGUCGCUAGAUCUAUUUGGGCUGAAGGUGAUGAUCAGAAUUGGGGUUACAGUAGUAUGGGAACAUUCCAGGGUGCAGACCACAAUGAUACACUGUGCAGAAAUCGUGUGAAAUUGGACAAGAAGGUACGAAAAGAUUUCAAUAUAAAAGAAGCUGCAAUGGGGAUAAAUGCAGGUGUAACUUUGGAGUUCAAUACUACUGUGAAGAACCACCGACUGGAGAUCCACUUAUAUUGGAAUGGAAAAGGCUCACUUUUUCCCCCAAUGGAAUAUUAUGGUCCUCUUAUAUCUGGCAUUUCAGUUUCUCCUGUUCCUCGAAAAUCUGGCAUCAAAAUGUUAGCAGUGACUGUUGCAGCACUUUUAGGAUGUGCAAUAUUAUUUCUCCCCCUAUUGAUCUUUGUUCUCCUCUGGAAAGCUGGCUUUCUGGGUGGAAAACAAUUACGCGAUGAAGGUCCUGAGGAACUAAGGUCGAGACUUAACUGGCCAACCGGGCUUAAAAUCUGCUAUGGUAUAGCUAAAGGUCUGGCUUUUAUCCAUGAAGAAUCAAAGCUGAAGAUUGUCCAUAGAGAUAUUAAACCCACAAAUGUGCUGCUUGACAAGCAUCUCAAUGCAAAAGAUACCGGACUUGGACUGGCUAAACUCUAUGAAGCAGAACAUACACAUAAGGGAGAUUUAAUAUGCCUAGUCGAUCCAACUUGGGGAUCUGCAUACUCGUUGAAACAAGCAAUGACAAUCUUGGACCUGGCAAUGUUAUGCACCAAUCUAUCCCCUACACUAAGGCCUACAAUGUCUGAAGUAGUAAAGGUUCUUGAAGGCAAGAGUAAGGUGAAGACUCAUUCAUUCAAUGCCUUCUACUCAACUGAUGAUUUUGCAAUGGCUAAGGCAGUAGCUGACCUUAAUCCCCGCACCCAAUUUGGAAGCAAUUCUUCGGGACAGACAUCAAAUGCAAUUACAUUUGAUGUUGUGAGUAGAGAAGAAGAAGAAAAAGGAAUCUUCGGAGAUUGUUCACCAGAAAUGCUAGACAAGACACAGAGCUGA